AUGGAAAAAACUGGCGAUGAUCAAAGAAGUUUCCUUGAGGUCAUAAUACACACUGCUAUUCUCACUUUAACUUCCAUUUUGUCACUGGCAGGAAAUUCUCUAGUUUGUCUCGCAUUCUACCGAAACAGGAGAUUACGGACUAUCACCAAUUUCUACGUACUAUCUUUGGCAGUAGCGGACAUGACGAUGGCUGUAUUCUACUUUCCUUUCGGGGCAGUGGCUUCUAGUUUACACAAAUGGCCAUUUACCAAAUGUUACUGUCAUUUUACCAGCUUUCUUGGUGCUUCUUGGGCCCAGAUAUCAACUUUUACCUUGGCACUCGCAUCGUUGAAUCGAUACUUUUGCGUCGUAAAGCCUCACAGAUAUUCAACAUUGUUUACCAGGAAGAAAGCAGUCAUUUCGAUUGUUGCUUUAUGGCUUUUUUCAGGGGCUCUUACUCCGUUGUUUUUUGCAGCUGAUCCUAUUUAUGAAUGGUCUCCAAUUUUCUUGAAUUGUCGAGCAAUUUUCAAAGAUGAGCAGGCGAUGAGGAUUUCUUAUCUAUCCUUUGGAUGUCUCUUUAUAGUUCCCAUGUUACUGGUGAUACUAUGUUACAGUAGUAUUCAUCACGUUAUAAGGCACCACAACAACGCAAUCGUUCCAUCUCUGCAACAAAAUAACAGCCCGGCGACGAGAAUUCAAGACAUAAAGACCUGUCGGGUGGUGUUUGUCGCUGUUUUAGGAUUUUGCCUUUGCUGGAGUCCCUUUAUCUCCACAAUGGUUUUGCAGUUUGGUUUUCAAAUACCUAUUUGUCCUUCUGUGCUGUCGAUUUGCUUCCUACUUACCUCGGCCUCGGCUUACAUUAAUCCUCUAAUUUACGGCGUCGUGAACCAAACUAUGAGAGUGGAGUUUCUGAAGAUAUUGUCAUUAAGAAGUGGAUAG